AUGGCAGCGUUGCAAUCUGCUCAGGGCCGAGGUGGAGGUGGCGGCGGGGCCGGCGGCGAUGGCAGGGAUAACAGGAGCGGGCCUGUGUCGCAGCUGGAAGAUCUCAUGCGACGUCGCGGCGUGGAUCAGGCCUGGGAUGCUUUGCAGGAGAUGAUGCGAGCUGGCCUGCCGGCCGACCGCUUCACUGUGUCCAGGAUGCUGAUGCGCACCCUGGCCGACGGGCGGAGGAGCUGGGACCCGGCAAAGAUCAACCGGUCUGUCGCGCUCGUCGAGCAAUUCGUGCAGAUCCAGCCCCAGGAGGCAGACGAGGUGCUUUUCAAUGCGAUUUUAGAUACACAUUCGCGAACGAAAGACAUCGCCAAGUUGGAGACGACGUUUCAGCGCAUGAAGGACUUGGGCGUGGAGCCCUCCCACGUGACGCUGGGAAUCCUCGUUAAGGCGUACGGUCAGGUUUGCGAUAUCAAGAAGGUUGUGCAGCUGUGGGAUGAGAUGGUCGAGCAGCGGGAACAGGCGAAUGCUGUCACCUACGGCUGCAUGAUCAACGCCUGCGUGAAGUGUAGCCAGACGGAGAAGGCGCUCUCGAUCUUUCGUGACAUGCAGAAGCGGCACAAGCAGUGCAACACGAUCCUUUACACGACCUUGAUCAAGGGCUAUGGGAACGAGAAGGACCUGAACACUGCCAUUAUGCUCUUUCGGGAGAUGAGGGAGGAAGGUGUUCCCUACAACACCAUUGCCUACAACUCCAUCAUCGACGUCUGCAUCAAAUGCACCGAAGUGGCAAAAGCAGAGGAAUUUUUCCAGGAGAUGAUGUCCGAUAGCAGCACUGUACAGCCGGACCUCAUCACCUACUCCACCCUCCUGAAGGGCUACUGCCAGGUGGGAGACCUGGACAAAGCGUUGCAGGUAGCAGCCACCAUCAAGGCUUGUGGGAUGCAGUGUGACGAGCUGGUCUACAACACUUUGAUGGACGGCUGCGUCAAGGCUAAUGAUCUUUCGGCCGGCGUGGGGCUGUUUGCGGAGAUGGCCUCGGCUGGGAUGAAGCCGUCCUCCAUCACCCACAGCAUCUUCUUGCGGCUGUAUCAGCGCAACGGCUACAAGGGAAAUGCCCUGGAUGCUGUCGCGCAGCUGUACCAGCAUCACGGCCUGGAGAAGCCUUCGGGGAUGGUCGAGAAAGCGAGCAAGGCCGCUGCGCGGCGGGAGAACCGUGCCAAAGGUUCCAAGAGCCGAAAUGGAGCGGGGACCAAGCAGUCCACCCGCGCCAGGCAAGGUCCCGCAAAGCAGGGCGGGUACGACGCAGGCACCGAGCCAGAGGAAUCUGAUGGCUUGUGGCUCUCAGGCACCCAGGGCGGCUGGCAGAGGACGCAGGCAGCACCAUAUGCCCCGAAUUCCGUAGCCGACGCCUCGCAGCGAUUGCCUGGGUCUGCGGCCUACCUUGCCAGCCCUGCGACCUUCGCGGGCAUGGCCCUCGAGGAUCUCAGUGGCUACCCUCAGGGGCACCCUGGGGCUCAGGGCCAGGUCGGCCAUGCCAUGCCGAUGCACCAGGCGCCCCACGCGCCCCACGCGCCCCACGCGCACGGGGCGCCCUACCAGAUGGGCCCAUGCCCUCCCCAUGCCAUGGGCCCUGCCCCCCAUCAGGGUUGCGGGACCUACAUGCCUGCUGGCUGCCACCAGGGCCCUUGUGGGCCGGGACCCGGGCCGCAAGGCCCCUGCAUUCAGAUGCAUCCCGGAAUGGGUCCCCCGCAAGUCUCUUUUCAAGCGAGCUCCGGGAGGGCUCCAGCGCGGCCGGUGCACUACGGGCCCCCGUCCGGAGGUGACCAGCAGGCAAAGGGCCUCAGAGAUGUGGUGAGAUGGCAAUGGGGAAUUUUGGGAGCCAGCCGCCCGGAAACCCAAACCACCACCCGGCGGCGACCGGCCACGGCCCGCCGGGGCGAGGCCGCGGGCCGCCGGGCUCCCGCGAGGCCCGGGCCCCGAGGGGCUCCAAGCGGAAAUAUCGAAGGCUUUUCAGAAAUGCUGAAAGAAAGUCUAAGUCUAAGUCUUUCGCUGUCGAAAGCUGCAGGGUUUGUGGGGGAUGCUCGUCUUCGCGGGGGGAAUUCUAGCGGAGGCUUCUCGAUCAGGUUUUAUGUUGGGUCUGCUCUGCCUCGCGCUUCCUGA